CGAGAAAUUGCAUCUCCUUUCGCUCGAUUGUUCGGUCGAUUUUCACCAUCGCGCUGCAAAGUCACUCCUCAGCAAGCGGUCUGCUCGAAGAGCCGGCGUCUGUCUCGGGAGCUGCGUACGAGGUUUUUCAAUUCGCAGCUGUAGAUUAUCACAGAGUCAUGGCGGCCGCGUUGCCCAUGAAGCCAGGGAAGGUCGGAGUCGAGGAGGCUGCCGAGACAGUCCACCGAAUCCGUAUCACCUUGUCGUCCAAGAAUGUGAAGAACCUCGAGAAGGUUUGCGCCGAUCUCAUCAAGGGAGCCAAGGACAAGAGGCUGAAAGUUAAGGGGCCAGUCCGCAUGCCUACCAAGGUGAUGCGCAUUACCACCAGGAAGUCUCCUUGUGGUGAAGGAACCAACACCUGGGACGGAUUUGAACUGAGAGUGCACAAGCGUGUUAUUGACUUGCACAGCCCCUCGGAGGUUGUGAAGCAGAUCACUUCCAUCACCAUCGAACCAGGUGUCGAGGUUGAGGUUACCAUCGCUGAUGUGUAAAUAUGUCCCUUAGGUGAGAUGUUUACGGCUUCUCUCAGAGGUUCAGGCUGUAGUGAGGUACGGACGCCUGUCUCUCUAAAUUUUGAUCUCUGCCUGAGCCUGGUAGCCUCACAAUAGGUAACAGCGCUCAAGGCAACAAAUUCUUAUAAAAUUGGAAUGAUAUCUCACUCCAUUAACCUCUCA